GAAUAUCUCAAAUACUAUGCGUAUGAAUACAAAAUACUUCAUGCAUAUUAGAGUAGAAUGGCAGUGGAGUAAUAAAGUACUUUCGGUUUGUUUCUGUGUGAAACGGUUACAAAAUAGCGCCCGAUAAAAAUCAGGAGUUCGGAAUUUUUCGCUAUGUGUGAUCUCACGUGGAACUUUACUCUAGCUUCUUUUAUAUUUUAAUAAGUAAAAAAGAGCAAAUAUUCAUAUCUAAGAAGCUGUCCAGCAUGGAGGUGGAAACAGAUGUGUUAGCUGCAGUUUCAUCUACUGUAGAUGUACAGUCAAAUGAAUUGACAGAGUUUUCAUCUUCUGAAGAUUUGAAACCAGAUCUAUCGACCAUAUGUUCAUCUUCUGCUGGCAUCAAAACAGAAUUAUUGUCAUUUUAUAAUUCUCAGAAUAUAAAACCUGACAUGACAUUUAAAACCACUCAAGAUGUUAAACCUGAUGUUACACCAGAUUUUUCUUCUUCUGCUGACAUCAAAACAGAAUUAUUGACAUUGAUUAAUUUCCAGGAUAUAAAACCUAACAUGUCAUUUAAAACUUUUCAAGAUGUUAAACCUGAUGUUAAUUCAGAAUUUUCUUCUUCUAAUGACAUAAAACCAGAAUUAUCAUUUUUUAAUGUUCAGGAUAUAAAACCUAACAUGUCAUUUAAUACUUCUCAAUAUGUAAAACCUAAAAUUACAUGUUCAAUUGAAAAAAAAAUAAGAAACCAGCUGCAUCAGCAGUAUUUUCAACAUCUGAAAAUUUAAAACCAGAAUUAUCAUCUUCUGAAAAUU